GCGGAUUUCCCAAGGCAGACAAGAUAAAUAGCGGUACCGUGAAACACGCUCGAGAGUACGAGACUCAAAAUUUGUGAUGGUCGUGUCAGGUCUCAUUAUCGUGUUUGUCUGCCCUAUAAACUUGAGAUAAAUAUUUUGCGCUACUGGUAUUUGUGACCAAGUGCGUUGUAACCACCACAGUGCAUAGUUAUCGCAAGAAAAAUGACGAAUUACACAGGAUUACUGCUUUGUGUUAUUGUUGCAAGUGUGGGACAUGCACAACAUCUGACAGCCAAACAAUACGACAGUUGCUACACUCCCGCUGGAGAUCCUGGACAAUGUAUAUCUAUCCGAAAUUGUUUAGAGCUAGUAAGGGUUCUUCAACGUAGACCGUUAACAAACGAGGGUGCCGCGUAUCUGAGAAGCGCGCAUUGUGGCUUUGAAGGUCUUGACGCGAAAGUUUGCUGUUCUUUGAACGAUCAUGAUUUGACGCCAACUACUGUGCGAGAUAAAGAAACGACUACAGAAGUUCCCCUAUCUUCCCUAUUACCCGACAAGUAUGACUGUGGGCAAUCAUCUGCAGAUAAAAUUGUCGGCGGAGAAGUCGCGGAUUUGUUUGAUUUUCCUUGGAUGGCUCUAAUUGAGUACAAAAGACCUGAUGGAUAUGGUUUUUAUUGUGGUGGUUCCUUGAUUAGUCAGAGAUAUGUUUUGACUGCCGCCCAUUGCUUGAAAGGAAAUGACUUGCCAAGCGGUUUUGAGGUUGUAAGUGUCCGCCUUGGUGAAUAUGAUUUGGAAACAGAUGUCGACUGCGUCAACACACCCCAAUACAAGACAUGCUCAGAACCACCCAUCGAUGUCGCUGUUGUAGAGAAGAUUGCACACGAGUAUUACAAUCCUUUCGAUCCGAAUCAAUCCAACGACAUUGCACUCCUUAGGUUGGCCCGAGAUGUUCCCUACACAGAAUUUAUCAAGCCGAUUUGCUUACCCGUUUAUCCGAAUCUUCUAAAACAGACAUUCGCGGGGACCAACGCUACUGUGGCUGGUUGGGGAAAAACUUCAGAAACUGGCACUGAUAGCAGCGUUAAAAUGAAAGUUACUUUACCGGUGCAAUCAAAUCGGGAUUGCGAAAACGUAUACGGCGGCACACGUGUAUCGCUGAGUAAGCUGCAAGUUUGUGCGGGUGGUGUAAACGGUAAAGAUUCCUGUCGCGGUGAUAGUGGUGGUCCUUUAAUGAGCCUGUACACUGCGCCAGGUGAAAUAAACUGGUACGUUAUGGGAGUCGUUUCCUUUGGACCUGCGAAAUGUGGACUAAAUGGGUGGCCUGGUAUAUACACAAGAGUAACAGAAUACAUUCCAUGGAUACUCAAAAAUAUGAGGCCAUAAUGUAAAACGUAUAGUUUGAUUUAAUGACAUUGUGAUUUUUGUUUAAUAGUAUUUAACUUAAUUAUGUUUUAUUAGAUAGUAAAUAGUCUAUUUAUUUUUUUGAAAAGUGGUUAAAUAAAGCCUUUGAAAAAAUC